CAAGCUGCUCAAUUUCAGAAACUCACACCAGAGAUUCAGAAAAUGCUGGCAUUCACCCUUCCCUUCAAUGAAUUGGUUUUUUCUUGCUAGAAAAUUAUCUUGAGAAUGAUCAUAUUUAGCUUAAGAUUAUUUUAUCUAUGAAAUUUGCUUUGUUUUCCUUGAACCCCCACAAUUUUCAUUCAGUUUCACUCUUUUUUUUUUCCGCUUUCUAGUUAAUGGUAGAAGUUCGUAGCAUUUGAACCCAUCUUGUUUUUUGCAAGUAAUCACAUCUGAAAUGUAGUAGCAGGUUGGAAAAAUUCUUUAUCCAUCCAACUGGUUUGAAUGUAACCUUCCCUAUUACUAUUUUCUGAACUUCAUUCUAUUGAUUGGUCAGGCUGCAAUGAUCAGCCAUGCAAAAUACAAACAGAGUAGGAAAUCAAGGUCGGUAAAUGUUGAAUUGGUAGGAAAAUUGUCAACUAUGAGAUUGAACAUAUUGGAUUGGAUGAACAUUGAAAGGGUAAAAGAUCUUAUUAUCCAUGAAAUAGGGAAAAAGAUUGUGGCAUUAUCAGUCUAAUGGUUGUAGGUAAUUUGCUGUAAACAAGUUGCUGCAGAAACAAAAAAAAUCAGGUAUAAUACCGAUGCAGAACAAAACAGCAAAAAUCAGUAAACCAAACUUUUGAAGGAGAGUUUUUUUAUCGCUUUUAAAUCACGUCAAAUUGGCACUUGAGAAUUCAGUUUGGUUUUGAUAAAAAACAGUCGGUUUGAUCCAUGUUCUUGUAAUAGUGGCCACAAUAUUUUUUGAUCGGUAUGAAAUCAACAUUUAGAAGUCCAACUAGGCUGAUCCAUUUAGAGUUUAUUACAGGGUGACUAACUGGAAGUCCAACUAUGACUAUUUGCAUUAAUCCAGUUAAAUAGUAUUUAAACAUUUAUUUGAAUAUUGUGUUUAAUUGCUUCUUCACAUUAUCUUUUAUUCAAAUACCUGUUAUUUUAAUUGUGAUUUUUUCUUUUUUACAUUAUGUUAAGGAGAUUAUAUAUUUCAAAAUUUUAGUCAUGAUGCUUACGCAUCACUUCGCAUUAUUAUGCAUCAUAUCGCUUCACAGGGUCAAUGCAUCGCUUCACAUCAACGCACUUAACAACAUUGAUCACAACCCUCGCUGGUCUCCCUGAACAGGAGUGAUGCGUGUACCUCAUUACAGAACAUUGCUGCUCAAAUGAUUGUUCCAUUAAAGAGCUUGGUGGUUUUUUAGCACCUUAAGAUGGAAGAGCAAUUUAUUCUAAGAGUUCCUCCUUCUGUUUCUGAGCGAAUAGAUCGUCUUUUAAGUGAGAAGGGAACUUCUGAGGACAAUUCACUUGAUUUGUCUUUUUCUGAAGAUGGACGAAAUGGAACAUUCGUUAUUGGUAAUGAUCGUUUCCCUGUCUCCCUACUGGAUCUUCCAUGCAUCGUUGAGUCAUACAAGACCUAUGAUGAUAAUGUGCUGAUUAAAACUGCCGAUAUUGGUCAGAUAAUCACUGUGAGGGAAGAAGGUGAUCCUGCUCCAGACAAUGUUGAAUACAGGCAUGGUCUCACUCCUCCAAUGAGGGAUGCCCGUAGAAGACGAUUUCGUAGAGAGCCUGACAUAAAUCCAGAAUUUGUUGACAAGGUUGAGAGAGACAUUGUCAACAUUCUCACAUAUCGUGGUACCACAGAGAAUGUAGGCACUGAAGCUACGGAGCAUGAAGAUGCCAAUGGUGUUGGCACUAAAAACAGACAUGCACCAUCUGAGAAGCCAGAGAAUACUGGUACAAGAGGGGCUGAUGAUGAUCCUGAUAGAAGUGAAAGUGACGAUUCUGAUGAUUAAUGUGGUCCAUAGUCAGCGAAGUAUGGCUUGGUGGAUUAACCAUGGAAGCAACAAAAGAACUUGUACAAGCUUCUGCUGCAUUUUUAGAUGUAUAUAGAAACUUACCUUAGAAUGCCAGCUAUAAUCAUCGUCUAUGAGAUUUGAUGUGCAAUAACUUGUUUUUGUAAAUGUAAUUUGUUGUUGCUAAAUAAGGUAUCAUAUGAAUUAUUUUUGACUAA